UCCUUCCAACUCGGAAACGUCGGUAAACUUCUAGCAGACAGCCAGGGUGGGCCACCUGUGGCGCCGUUAUAUUACUUGUUCCGAGAUAUAGAUGGCAGCACAACUUACAUCAACUUUUUGAGAACAUGUCCGUAUGAUACAUGGUAUUUACGACAGAAAAUAUAAUCAAUCAAGGGAAGGAUUACAGUGGCGGAAACUGGUAUUCCGUGGUAAACUGUGGGCAUUGCAGCUUUGGUCCCGCACCACAGGAAAUUUUGAAGCUGUUGUUGAACCUAUAGUGUUCCUUCUUGGUAUGGUUAUUUCAGACCAGGGAAGAAAAGCUGUGAAACAUGGCUGCCAUUCGACACACACUACAACGCGUUGUCUUCCAGCCAAACGAUGAACAGUUGUUAGCAGUUGUGCAUGUUAGUAAGUUGCUGAAGAAGAAGAAAACUAGUUUCUUGUGCAUUGCUAUAACAACAGAAAAUCCUAUAUGUGUUACUAUUUACCAGGUUAAGAAGACUGAUAAAAAUGUAUUUAAGAAAAAGAGGUCCUGGAUGCUUAGUGAACUUAAAUCAGUUGAUGGGAAGAAUAUAUCUGGUGAUACACAUGAAUUUGAUUUACAGUUUGAUAAGGCAUUCAAAUGGUUUGCCAUUAACUUGCAAGAAAGACAAAACUUCCUUAUCGUUCUUUGGAAGCAAUGUUUCAAGCAUCUUCCAAAACAGAAGCCGCAGUUCUGUAACCUACCAGAAGAUUGGGUUGGAGACACAGGGCUGCUUGUUGAAAAUGAAGUGGCAGUGACACCAGGUUUCAUUGAGCCAGUGGAAGCAGAGGAUUACUUGGCUUUGACAGACCGGGAAGAGCAGGAUCUUGAGAAGUUGAUGUCACAGUGUGAAUUUGGAAUCAGCAAUGCUGAAGCUUUUAUGGAAAAUCUAGCAAAGGAUCUUUCUAUUCUUGAUGGGGAGAAUGUUCACAGUGUGUUGGCAUCAGAGCAGCAAGUAGCACAACUGAUGGUGCAGAUUGAAGCAACAAUUGCAGAGGCUGAGCAAGUAGAAGCUCGUCUUGACUCUUACGAUGAGGUUCUCUGCCAUGUACGAGACACAAUGGAAAAGAUGGAAGAAAAGAAUCUGCUUAUUGAAGUGGCAAAUCAAAAUAAUCAGAAACUGCUCUCUGAGCUAGAACAAGUUAUUUCUCAGUUGGAUUUACCACACAGUCACCAGGUGGCUCUGAUUGAUUCUGAUCUUACGAGUGCUCAGGGCCUUCAGAAUGCAGUGGCAGCAGGCAAGGCUUUGUUGGCAGCAAUGAAUGCUGAGAUUCACCCAGCAUUGGUACGACUGGCUGCCGUGCAGGAGCAGAGAAAAAGGUUUGACAAGUGGAAGACCAAGUUUUCACAGGCUAUAUCCAGGCAUCUUAAUAAUCUCUUCAUACAUCUGGGUAAUGAUGCUGGUGAGACUCUGAGUUUUCAUGCGAGUGAUCUGACUUUACCGAAACAUAGCUCAGUCCAUCGAGAACUGGAAUUAUACACAGAAUUAAUGCACUGGUGCAAAGCUAUGGAUCGUAAAGCAUACACAACUCUCACCAAGGUGUAUACCAACUCUCUCAGAAAAUUGUAUGAACUAGAUAUCAAACAGUUUUUUGAGGAAGCAAAGCAACAGAUUUCAGGAAUGAGGGAAAAGAAAGGGAAAGGAAGUGGUUCUAAUCAAGAUAUUGCUGGGAAGCUGAAGCAACAGGCCCAAAAUUUUGGAGGACCCAGCAAGACCCCACCACACUCAGGUCUGCUUGGCGUUGAACGUGACCAGUGGUGUGUUGAUGUAGAUGCGGAUGAGAGACAGCGCUUUGAUGAGGUUCUGGAAAGAGCACUGGCAGAACUGGAGCCUGUUUGUCUUGCAGAGCAAAAUUUUUGUGUCAGCUUUUUUCAGUUAGAUGUCCUCAGUCCAACAACAAAGAACACGCAGACAACUUUGGAUGGGCUGGGAAUAGAUUCAAAAAAUGAAACAGAUGUUGUAUCUACAUCUGCUCUGCCUCUAAAGAAGAUGGAAAAGCAGAUUAAUGAAGAGGUUCGUCGCAUGAUGGGAGAAUUGUUUUGCUGUCUUGAACCUGAGUUAAUCAGCUUUAUUGCAUAUUAUGAGAAGAUGGACAGUUUUUACUGCAUGUAUGUGUUGGUGCGAUUAAGCCAGCAUGUAAUGUCAGCCCAGGAUACAGGCUCAUUCCUUAGCAUGAGCUUUGCAUCAGCCUUGGUGCAAGUAAAGAGAAACUUUGAUCGUUUCAUGCAGGCACAAGUUAGGUCUAUUGAAGAAACUAAAGUUAAUCGUAAGAGCAAGUGCGGCAUUCUCUCAUAUGUGGAUAAUUUUGAGGAUUUUGCAAAAACAGCUGAAGCUAUAUUCAAGAACACAGACCGUCGUACUGAUUUGGAUAAGUGGUACACAAAGUUAGUUGGAGCAAUGUUUGAAGCAAUUCCACGUAAUGCAGCUGAACACCACAGAACUCCACAAGAAGUUAUAAAAAUGGAGAAUUUUCAUCAUCUUUAUGCCCUUCUGUCAGAACUGAAAGUAGGAGUUCUGGAUGGAUUGAGGAAGGAUGCUAAGCAGAAAUAUAAUGAUGCUUUGAAAUUUUAUGUGACUCAGUACUUUGGUAGACCAUUGGAGAAACUAAAUCUGUUUUUUGAAGGAGUUCAAGCCAAAGUAGCACAGGGUGUUAAAGAAUCUGAAAUAAGUUAUCAGAUGGCUUACAGCAAGCAAGAGUUGCGGAAAGUGAUCCGAGAAUACCCUGCCAGAGAGGUCAAGAAAGGCCUAGACAACUUAUACCGCAAAGUUGAAAAACAUUUGUGUGAACAGGAAAACCUUCUUCAGGUGGUAUGGAGAGCAAUGCAAGAAGAGUUCAUUCAGCAAUAUAAAUAUAUUGAAGAAUUAAUACAGCGUUGCUAUCCAGGUUCAAUGAUAGCACUAGAUUUCUCCAUCCAAAAUAUUUUGGAAUUCUUUUCAGAAAUAGCUCGUUCACAUUAAUUAAAGAUUCUGAUGCAGAGUAAAUACAUUGAGAAGACUAUAAGAGCUCCUUUAUCAGUAUAAAGUUCUGUGAAGAACUGAUACUAUGAAUUGUUGUAAGGGCAGUCCUUUCUCCUUGGCCAUUAUGCUUUUGGGUAUCAGAACCAGCAGUUACCAUAAGUGGCACAGCAAACACCAGUGCCUGUUACAUAAAUGUAUGUUUUAAAUAACAUAUUAUGUAAGGAAAUUACCAAAUGUACACAAAGUCUACAAAAUAAUUUUUUUUUCUAUCUACAUCUGUACUAAUGUGUAUAUGACAGAAGUGAAAGCUUUAUCUAAGAAUGUUUUCACUAAUCAAGAACAAAAAUUAAUGAUUGAAGAACGAUUAAAUACAGCCUUAAAACUGAAAAUAUCAGUGAGAAAUUUUCCGAAGUUUGUUGGAUGGUUGAUGGGUGACUUGUAGGAAAUUAGAUCUAGUAGUUUCUGGGAAAUGUAUGAUUACAGAGCCGAACCUUAACCUUGUAUUGACCAUGCAUCAUACUUACUCACAUUCCGGCUGACUGUGUGUUACAGCAGCAAAUCACUAAAGUGUUAACCCUGGAGUUACGGUCUCUCCAGCAGCCUCGUUAUAUAGGGAUUUGAAUUCUCCAUUCCAUUAUGAUGCAGGUUAAAGGAAAUGGAAAGAAACCUACAGCUUAAUAUUAUUCAACAUCAUGGGAAAACAUCACCAGGAAUGACAUAUUGAGAGAUAUUUCUUGAUUUGGUGGGUGGUGCAUGUCAUUCCUAGUUGGUAGAAUGGUUUGUGUUGUUAAUGCCAGUAACAAAUGGACUUACCUGCUAACUGGUCACUUCUGGUAUUAUUUUCUCUAAUUUCUAUUUAUAUUCUAAGAAUCACAGGCAACUUUUGGGAGCAUGAGAUUGACCAGUAACAGGUCUGUGAUGUCAUUUGAUGCUCUGGGUUGUGUGUGCACUACAGUGAAUGAUCGAGUUUGUCAUUUCUAGCAUAAAGAUGAAAGUAAGUAGCUGAACCUUCUUUGUUAAUAACCUUUCAGAUUCAUUAUUUAUCAAUUGCCUUGUCAUGUGACACAAUUUAAUUUGAGCUGUUGACAGCAUCGUUAAAUAAACCACAAACCUUCUCAGAGUUGAUCUCACAGUCAUUCUCUUUUCUUGCUUUUAAUACGUGUUAAUUUCUUGAAUCAUUAAAAGAUGCAAGUGAAGGAAAUAAUGUUUCUAUAGUUAGAUUAUUUUCAGGUGUCCCAGUAAUUGCUGAUUAUUGCAGGUGAGAGAGUCAGACACUUCUCCCAUCACAUGGCCCACAGGGAUUUGGACUGCUAGCAAACAGACAAAUUUGUAACUUAAACACAUUAAAAACAAAACUUACUGCAGUUUAUAGCAGAUGCUGGAAAUGCUUUCAUUUCUGCACAUAUUUCUGGGAUUUCUGUCAUGUUGAAGUUCCUGAGAGGUGGGGAAACUUGUCUUUGGAAAAUUUCUUUUCAUUCUUCAACUGUGUGAGGGUUUGAUCUGCUUUGUGAUUCAUUAUAAAUAAAGAUCACAUGGGUUAAGAUCAAGGAGCCAUGCUGGCCACAAACUACUGCUAACAGUUCUCACCCAAACACUUUCCUUAAAGGGUCCAUGGAUGCCAUUGCUAUAAGUCCAAUUUCUCAUUCCAUUAUGUAUGCCAAUUCUGGCACGUGUUGCAACCUCAUAUUGUCCAAACUCCAGUAUCUGCUGUCCUGUGAAUGUACUUCAACAUGUAAGUGAAACCAACCCUCAGAAAAUAAAAUGUGAGAGUGAUUUCACCAUUA